GUAUUGAUUUUUGCAUUCGAGUCGGCGAACGCCAUUUUGACAGUUCUUGUGAAAAUAUUACAAAAGAAUCGAGAAAAGUGCGAAAUCCGCGUACAUCCGUCCCGUUUCGCGAGCGAACCCGUGAUUUUCUUGUUGUUUAUUGUUAACCCAUUUGGACGGACCAAGAAAAAGGGUUCGUUCUUGGGUUCUGGCUAAUCUAAAUGGUUGCGUGCGGACAGCAUGUCUACAUUGUCAGGGAAUGCCUCCAAAGGGGAGAAAACCAAGCCAAAAUUUCAAUCUUUGGAUAUAAAUAAUUUAUAUAAAAUCAGCAGGGGAGAAAAUACUGAAAAACCGGCACAGAAGAGUUCAUCGAAUUACAUUAAACAUGGCAUGCAAAGUUUGGGCAAGGUACCUAACGCUCGUCGAGCUCCGGCUAAUUUACCCUCUUUGAAAUCUGAACAUAGUGAUUCGGGCGCAGCCGUUCCUUUAGUACCGCCAGGGGCAACAGGAUGGGGCAAACAAGAACAAGGAGGUACUCCUUCGUCAAAUAUACAACAGAACGGAACUCCCCCGAACCAUCAAGGUGUCCCGCCGCACGUUCAAGGACCACCCCAAUUGACCCCUCAUCAACAGGCAAUUGCUAUCCCCUCGACCAAUGUUAUUCCUCCCCACAACAAACAGACAUCAGGUCCUGUAGCGAGUGCCGCGAGUACAGGCGGCGACAAACUUUGGAGCGCGGUAAUGGCGGCGGGCGGGCAUCCGGAGGGCGGAGGCGGCGGCGGCCAUCAGCCGCCCGCCUAUCAGAGCCCCCAGUUUCAGCACGAGUUUCCCAGCCUGUCCGCUGGCGAUGGCGGUGGUGGGGGUGCGGGGGCCUCCCGACCCACCCCUUCAGAUUACGGACCAGGCGGCGUAAACCAAUCGGGCCUAAGCCUCCGCCCACAGACCGAAGGUUCUUGGACGCAGGGCGGACAGCGCGCCCCCGACGGCUCUAUGAGAGGUGGCUCGGCCCCCCCGGGGGGCCCACCGCUGCUUACGGGCCCGGUCGGCCGUCCUCCGUCCUCCGUGGAAAUAUUGCCGCCGCAGGUGCGGGGCGUCUUGCCCCCCUUUAUGUACAAAGGUAGCUUCCCGCAAGGGGGGCCGCAGCACACUGCCCCCGGUCCCGGGAACAAUCAGACUCAUCACCAUCAUCAUCCCCCAGCACCUUUGGGCGCGCCGCGUAGAACGGACAACAGACCGCCCCGUCUACAAGAUAAUCGGGAAUUCACCGCUUCAGGUGAAGAAGUGGUACCGAGGCCGAUAAUCCGUGAGGAGGAGCUGAGCAAACUGGACAAUUUCGGCCACGAUAUGGGCUGGGCCACGUCCGACGACAUCGAUUACAAUCAGAAGUUGGCGUUUAGCGACGACGAGGAUCGUCCGGCCAAACGCGAGCCUCCCCGGCAGCACCAGCAAGGGAAAUCCCACGACAGACAAACGCCCCCCAAACACGGAUGGAACGCCCCUAGAAACGAAAAUAGAGGCAGACAGUCGGACAACGAGGACGACGUGAUGGUCCAAAAACAGCGACAGCACCAGAAAGAGAUGGAGGUGGCGAUCCAGCGGGCGAAGCAGCGCAAAGAAGAGGAAGAGAAACGUUUUAACGAGGAGAGUCGCCAGAGGGCGCAAAAGAAAUUACAAGAGUUGGACGAGAAAGUGCGAGAGAAACGGGAUCGGGACCGGGAAACGGAGAUCAGUCCGUCGGCGGUGCCCCCGAAACCGAUCAGUUACGUCGAGAUCCCGCUACCAGAUUUCCAGAAGGACAAGGAGGAGCGGAAGGAGAAGGACAACAAGGAGAUGCAAAAGCAGCCUCCUCGUGGCGUCCAGAACGAUAAUAUGGUUAAAGAGGAGCCUUCUGGAUUUAGGCAGUUGACUCAAAUUGAUGGUAAAAACUUCUCGCGUAAACCCGCCCAAAAAAGCGAGCGGGAUCAUCGCGAGCAGCAGCAGCAACAACAACAACAGCAACAAAACGGGCCGAACUUUUCGCGUCACUUCCAAAGCGAUUUGCCGCCCAGGUUCAUGAAGCAGCAACAUCAGCAGCAGCGCGGAAAUCAACAACAGAGCCAAUCGCAGCAGUCCGGUCAGUAUCAACAUUAUCAGCAGGAUACUGGGGCGGGCGGUAAUCGGUGGUCCGGCAAUCAUCCGCCGCGGGUACCGAGCCGCGGCGAGGGACGUAGAGGAGGGGAGAGUCCCGAGAGACACGACGACCGCGAGUACAAGAGACAGACCUCGGACGAGAGCUAUCGUAGCUCUCACCAUUCCCAGUCCGAUCAUUUACCACCGCAGAAGGGUGGGGAUAACCGUUACGGUGACGAAGACAAGCAAUGGCAAAAGGAUAAACUGACCGAUAACCGAUACGCGGAAAGAAAGUCGGACCAUUAUGAGCGCGAGAGGCACCACGAGGACCACCGCAGGUCUCAGGAGCGAUUGAUCAGCGACCGAUUCGAGCGGCCUCAACGGCCCGACAGUCGCGAUUCUCACACGUCGCACACCUCUCAUACCUCGCACGGCUCUCAGGGCUCCUCGAAUCGGCGAUCCAGAGACUCCGAUUACGGAAAAGAGACGUCGAUGGGCUCGUGGAACGAGGACGUGGAGGCGGCCUACGAGGAGAAGAAGAGCAACAAGGAGAAGUUUAGCAGCAGCAGCAGCGGCAGAGUGGAAGAGAAAAGGAACAUAAUCGUGCCGGGUCCGAUCACUAGGGAUCGCAUCGAGGCCGAGGACAUCAAUGAGAAACGGAACCUGACCCAGUUGAAGAAGGGCGAAACGCCCGCGCAAAUUAAGAAGGUCGAACCCGCGAAGCAGAAAGAAGAGAAACUCGUAUCAGCGGAAAAAACGUCGGCAGAAACCAUUCCCGCGCAAGAACCACCAGAACCUAAAAAGGACCCCGAAACAAAACUGCCUGAAGCAAAAAAACCGGUGCCACCGCCAUCCCACGACGACGCCUAUAAAGACCGUCGAAACAACCGUGGGGGGCCCCCGAGCCAAAGCAAGACCAGCUGGGACACACGGGGGUCAGACUUUCAUUCCAGAGCGGCCCCACCGCCGUGGGGCAACAAAAGACCGCCGUCCCGGAGCCACCACAAGCCUGGGGGUAGGGACUUUUAUAGCCACAACACGGACAGUGACGGCUCUACGGACACUUACACGGUCGAACCUAAAGAACCGAAGGGAUCGAAGGAAAAAGAUGAAAAAUUGCGCGAGAAUAAACCACAAGAAAAGUGCGAAAAGAAACAGCAAACUGAUAAAAAAGAGGGUAGUGGUGGUUACGUACCCCGUGGGGAGCCUUCCAGGCACGGCAGGGGCGGCGGCUCCAACAAUUUCCGCGGCAGCAGAAUGGGCGGCAUGGGUAAAAGAAUCGACGGCUACGGCCCGCCUCCCUCUAAAAGUCCCUUUGGACAUCACGAGGAUAAGGAUAAGAGGGAGGACCAUGCUACUGAUACGCCCUCGUCUACACUCACCACAGCCACCUCGAGCGCCGACAAAAUCAAGCAGAAUCAAGAGGCCCUUGCCGCAGGAAUAAUCGGUAAGGCCCGACUGGACGAGGAUAAAAACAAACCGAAACCACCGAAGCAGCAGCAGCAGCAAGAGGUGAGCCGUAACAAAUCCAAGGGCAGAAAGGACGAACCCGAUAGAGACAGCAAUCACGAAUCGUCCGAUAAUAGUGGCAAGCGACAGUCGAUUAGUCGAUCGUCGUCGCAAAGGGGCGGCAGCCGCAUGGGUAGGGAUCGUAAUCAGCCGCCCCCGAGAAUGGGCGAUAAACGGUACGAGUCGCAAGGGAAGAAACCGGACCCGCAGAAUUUGUUGACCAGCGCGAUCGCCGAUAUUUCUUUGAAGGGUCGGGGCGAGGGUGAGGAGGAGCAGAAGGAAACCGGGACGGCGGCACCGGAGGUGAACGGAGACUCGGAGGGAUUCCAGGAGGUGAAGAGCAAAAAGUCGGCGACGAAAGAGCGACCGAAAGGGGCGGAGGAGAAGAAGGGGGCCCCGCCGCCCGCCGCGGUCAGGGCGGAUAGCAAAGAUACGGGGAAAGUCGGAGAGAAGAAACCCGGUGGCCCCAUGGGCAAGCCGAGCGUCACUCAGAUGAUGACCGCCCAGCAAAUUCAGAACAUCCCCCCGCUGAUGUCCACCCCGGUAAAUCCGCCCCCGAUGAUGACGGCGACCAAAUCGAACCAGUACGAUCCGCGACCAAACAGGCAAAAUAAUAAGUUAGCGCCAAGAUUUGCAAAACAAAAAAUGCAAAAACAAAUGCAACAGCAAAUGCUCGGAGAGGUUGGCGAUAUGUCUAAAGGGUCGCAUGGAGUUUACGGAGUGAGGGAUUCCCAAGCCAUGUCGCAAGCCGUGACUUGUUCGGCAUGGGAUAAACCGUUGGGAUCGGCGGCCCUUAGGGCGCCCCCCGAGCACGAACAAUCGCCCAAUUCGGCCCCAAUGCUUGGCGUUUCGAUGGAGGGAGUCGGUUUAGAUGCGUCUGCUGCUAGUCCGGGUAUUGGAGCCAGUCCCGGAAGCGAUAAGACUCUCGGAAAACCGGGCGGUCAAAUAACCGACAAGAACUUGCUAGACGGCGCCACCCCACCAGUAAACACCAUCAUUUUCGAGAACACCAAUUUCAAAUCGGGACCGGUGGCGCGUAGUUCGUCACGCAAUUCGAUCCCGGGUGAUAAACCGCGUUCCAGACUUGAGGACAACGGCAUGGACAACAAUUCCGGCAACAACAUGUUCGGCAAACCGAUCAACGAUCUGCUACAGAAAACGGACGCGGGAAAAACGGAGGCGCAGAUGCAGAUCGCGGCCGUUUUCAAGGAGGAAACCGACAUGAAGUUGGACUUUUUGAGCGCCGACUUGACCAAUUUAACGGACGACAAGUCGACGAAGAAUUUGUGCAUGACCAAGUGUAUCACGUCUGUUAGCAGUACGGCCAUUUGUAAUGCGGACUCGUUAAAUAUGAAGAUCGCCUCGGUGAAAAAAGUGUGGGAAACGUCCGAGCAAGAGUCGGAAGACCCGAACGGGCUCAGUUUUGGAGCACCAAUGGACACCGCGUUCAAGGGCACUGACCAUCAGCAGGACGAUGGACACCACGAGGGAUUCAGUCCUGGCGGUGGUCAAACGGCCUCAACCACUAACGUUUGCAAGGUGAAACCAACGCAACAAGUAUCGAAUGCGACCGGCCAAACAAUCUCGUCGGUAUCGCAACAACCGCACUCGGGCGUGGUCGGCCACCCGAUAUUGUUGGGCACGCCGCUCUCCCCUCCGCCGAUGGCCGCCGCUGCAGUGGGCGUGUCCAUGGGCCCCCAAGCGUACGCGGCCAAUCAACAUCUGUCGGGAUUCCCGACGGGGGCGCCGGCCCAGGGCGUGGCGGCGGCCGCCGCCGGUUCCGGACAAUACGGGAUUUCUGCGAUCCCCUCGCCGCCCACCGUGCUGUACAACUCGACGCAACAAUUACAGUCGGGGCUGUACGGGGCGUUUCUGCCCACAGCCGACCAGGCGGGAGUCUUGGGCGGACAGAGUCACGCUAGAGCGGGCGGAUUCGGACAGUAUCCCGGUGCCGGGGCGUAUCACGGACUGGGACAACCCGCCAAUUCCCCAUAUAAUACGCAAUCGGUCUAUUUACCUCCCGCUCCACACCCGCCGACCCCCCAGGCGCCACCGGAAUUAUAUCAAUCGAUGAACAGCUUCAGAUUAUCGGCGGCGGGUCCGUUCGGCCAAAGUCAGCCCCUCAGCAAUCCGACCACGGUCCUGAUGAGUUCGACCAGUAACAGUUUGAUGUCUGCUAGCGUGAAGCCGAGCAGCCAACCAAUCAGCGCUAUCGGUACAAAAGCAGGCGGCGUGGGUCAGGCGUAUCAGCAGCAGUCGCAGCAACAGCAGCAGGUUUAUAUGGCGUACGAGCCGGCGGCUUUGCAGGCGGCCAAUUAUUUGACCGGCGGCGUGAUGCAACGGGGACCGGCGGGUCCACCUGUUCAGAAUAAUGUCGUGCCCGGGCUACAGCCCUCCUCGUCUUACUAUUCUGGAUCUACAGGUGGCCAAACGGGUUAUUAUCAACAACCGGGCAAUUCGUCGUUGCCGUCCGCCCAAUUGCCGCAACAUCAAGCAGGUUACGGCCUACAAGGAAACGUUUUCGGAACGCACAAUCAGUCUCAUACGAAUACCGGCCUUCAGGGGUCGUUUCCUUUCCUCUCGACGCCCAUUCAAGUGGCAUUAAGCGCGCAACAGUACCGAUCGGCGGCGGCCAGUCUACAAAACCCUUACUUGAAGAACACUGGACAACCGAUGUCAGGGGAUCAGCAGGCUCAGCAAACGUCUGGAGGUCAAAGGCCUCAGCAACUGAAGAGCCCCAGUAGCCAAGAAGUUUUAUCAUCAGUUUUCAAUUCGGCCCCUCAAAUUCCCUCGCCGAAAUCCAAACCGACCGGUCAUCCCCAAAACAAACAUAAUAAUCCGCAACAGUCGAGCCCCACCUCACAAAGGAAAUACAAUAAUUAUUAUCAGGGGGUCGGGAGUCAACAAAAUAACAUGCAACAAAGGUACCCGCCGCCGAUUCAACGGCCGGUGGCUUUCCAGCAACAAAACGUGAAUUCUGUACAAAACAGCGGUUCAAAUAAUAAGCACAACAAUAGGAGUAAUUCUAAUAAGGCUCCCGGCAGACAAUACUAUGGCGGACAGAGUGGUUCAAUGUCGAACAGUCAAAUAGACAAACAGGACGAGCCGAAGGUUGUCCCGGACGUGCCGAAAUCCGCGAACCAAUCGGACCUCGUCGGUAAAGACAAGGAGGACCCGACCGCCACUAUCCUCAAGGAAUAAAUAGUGAGCGCGCCCGCUUCUUUCCUUAAACCUCCCUGUUCCCUCUUAUUUUAUUCUAUUUUAAGCACUAAAAGGAGUUUCGUCUGUUUUUUAAUGUAAAAAAAAUGCACACUUUACGCGCGAUUGGUAAAUAAGAUAUUUAUUAUGUCAAGUUAAAAGUGUAAUUAAUAUUAAAGUUAACUUAUUUAAUGUGUAUAGAAAAAAAAGUGUUUUGUCGGUUUACGCUGCAUAUGAACUGUAUUAUUAACUCAGCUUCGUGUAUCAUGUGAAAUAACGGUGUAUAAAAUAAUAAAUUCGGUCACAGACUCUUUAGUUUAAUCGGGCAAAGGUGUCGUUUAUACAGUUUUAGAUUCUUCUAUCGGAGUAAUAUUUAUUGGCGUAUAUAAACUGUUGCCCGGUUUGUGUCGUUCCGGAUGUUAUAAAUAAUAAGAAUAAUUUUAAAACGCAGGCUCGCGCGCGGAGCCUCAGAAAAUAUAGGGAAAAGCGUGUAGCGAAAUUCCCUUCUGGUGGAGAUGAGGAUGACUUUGUUAAAAAAUGGAUCUUGGGCGAGAAUUGGGAAUAUGGCAGCGUUAUUGGAGGACAAGCAACUAUAAGAGUUUUGCCCUUACCCCAGUAAUAUAUCUAUAUGUUUUAUACGCUUUAUUUCAAGUGUCCUGGACAUGCUAAUACUUGACUGAUUGAUUAUCUUCAAAGAUUUGAAUUGGAUACACAUUCAAAAUUUCACCAAUCAAAUAUGAAUCAACCAUAUACCUCUGUAGUAUAACUAAAAAGCCAGCACUUGAUAACGAAAUCGGCAAAUGCUGAAAUAGUAUUAUUGGAUUUGAGUUCUAUGUUGAUUUCAAAUACCUAAGCACUUGCUUUUAAAAUGAAAUUCGCUCGAACAUAUCAAUUUUCUUUAAUUUUUUUGCAUGUUUUCAGAUUUCUAAAAAAUAUACAAGGUGCGUCAAGAACACUAGCCAGCUGUCAACUUUAUUACUUUAAAUAGCACACCUCAUUUAUUAAAGCAUUUUUGAAUUGUAUGAUAAAUUCUAAACACAUUAUUUCAUCCUAUAUUAAUUUUGGACUGUUUUUUGAAUUAUUAUCAACAAUUGAAAAUUAAAAUGUUUAACAACUUUACCAGGCUGUAAAAUCUAAAUGAUUUAACUUGGAGAAAUUUGGUUUGCCCUUUAUAUAUCUAUAUAAGCUAUCGUUUAGCAAUAACUUUAGAUUUAACUGAAACUUAAAUUUAAAAAAAAAACAAGUUUCUAGUUGCAAAAUAUCAAGUAAAUAAAGGUAUUGUCGUAGAAACGUUGGUACAAAGUAAAACUAUUUAAUUUAAUGAAUGGCUCCGCCGAACAACGUUGCAAGUGACAAAAACUUAUUUUUUCAGAAAUUCAAAAUAACUGAUUGUUCAAUGAAAUUAAUUUCUAAUUUACAAUUUCUUAUUAUAAACGAGGCUUUGUUAUUGAAUGAAAUCACCUAUAAGAGAAAAUAUUAUUAUAAUAUCAUAUCUUACUGAGAUAUUGAUAUUUUUCGGGUACAACGUUGUAAGCAGCGGCGCUUGCAACGUUGUUCUUUGAACAAGACGUAUAAUACUGAAUUAAAUGGGGCUGAUUCAAUAAUGUAAGUAGUUAGUUUUCAAAUAUGAUCUUUAAUAAUAAUGAAUACAAAAAACUUAAGUUUUCUUAUUGUUCAACCUUAAUAUUUUCAUAAAAAGACACAUAUUCUGGCAGGAUGUAUUUGCACAUAUCCAACAAGUCCUUUUUCUUUGUCGCUUUGAUCGGGAGUCUAUCCUUGUAUAAAGGUGGGAACCGAGAAACUUUUACUGGGAGCAUACUUCUCUUCCCUGGCCCCUUUACUUUUUUUGCUAAUGAGUGCGAAGUCCAUGUUUGAAGGACGUUGUGUGAUUUCCUUCCACGCAAUGUUAUAGGAUCAUCCUUUGUAAUUUGGUUGUUUGGUUGUAUUUUGGUUGAUUCUUUGUUUUUUCCAGUGAAUCCAACAAAAUGUCGGUGUUUUUGAAGUCUGCUGUAUCCAUAACACAGACAGUAAACCGAUUGGGUGGUCCCUAUGACUUCCACCCAUUGGUGAGGAACAUACACUUUUUUACCCUUUUUUGCUCGUUCAAUUAGAAACAGGGUAGAAAACUAUGACCCGUCGUCAUAAACUUUUGCUCAACGGUAGUGAAAUAUUCAUUCAAGAGCAGGUGCUGCAAAACAGCUAUAAUCCGCCAGUUGUUGUUCUGACCUACGCAUCUGUCAGACCAAAGCUUAAGAAUUCUCACUUGGCCUGGCUUCAACUUUGUAAAGUUAAGCUCAACAUAUUUUAAAAUGCAUGAUGCUAUUUCCGCAGCACCUCGCUUGGCAGUGGUCUCAUCCCAGAAAAACAUAUAAGCCAUAUUUCUCCCCUGGUCAUGUAUAGCCAAAUUGUAGCGCGAUAGUUGCCUCUGGUAAAAUAGUUACUAUGCGUGAGGUUUGGGCAAAAUAAAACUUGUAAGUCUACACAAAGCACAACGUUUUCAGAGCUUAAUAUGGCACUCUCUUUAUCUUCAGUAAGCGCCUUGUAAGCAGAGUCAGCCCUCAUAUGAUGAAGUUUGCUUUGAUUUUCAAUAAUUUUUUUUCUCUCUUCAGUGGCAGCUGCAAUGAGCCGAAUGUGCAGCUGAUCACAAUAAGUACAGGUAUCGGACCUAGGCAGAUCAAAUCUUAGGUUGAACUCACUUUGAAAAACAUCACGGUACAUGUGAAGUUUUGCAGUACUGUCGGUGUAUUUAAUGCAGAAAAGCUGCCACAUUUUCUUGAUACUCAGGUCAGGAUUCAAACUUUCCUUUUUGCUCAUAUUUCUGGAGUAGUGGUUUUCUUGACGAGGAAAAGAAGAAAUAUGCUGUUUGAUCUGUUCUUUUGUUUCAUCAGGGAUCCUAGUAUGAUUUCCAUGCGCGCCUCUGCCAUCGGUCAACUUUAUUGCGUGGUGAACUUUAUUUUGUCAACGAGAACCUGUAGGCGUCGAGGUGUAACCUUCAUUAUGUGACACAGUGUCUUUUGGCAUAGGCGAAGGGUAGCAUCUUUCUUUGGGACAUAAUAUUGAACUGAACAAUGUCUAGUAGAGAUUUGAUUAUAGUCCAUAAUGUAGAAGUCCCUAAAUAAUUUUAGCAUUUCUUCAUGGGCAACCAAUCCACACUUGUAUUGACACUUACAAAAUAACUAACCUGUAAAACUAAAACGCACAUCGAAAAUGUUGCACUGGCCGCUUUCUUUUGGAUAUGUAUGGAUUUCCAGAAUCCCUUGAACGCUUACGACACUUAUCUUUCCACUCACUCACUUUAAUUUUCCUCUUUUUACCAUUAUUUAAGCGCUUUUGAUCACCAGGCGAAAAAACAACACUCUCCGCGCCGGACAUUUUGUCGGUUGCAACGUUGUUCCGAGCGCGUCAACCUGUUUUCGAAGUCAUUUAACGUGCUGCCAUCUAAACCACAUUCAUAUAAAACUGAUACCAAAAACUGCCAUGCGGUAGAAAAUGUCGUUUACAACGUUAUUUUCUGAAAAUUUCAAUAUCGCAAUUAAUGUCGCUUACAACGUUGUUCGGCGGAGCCAUUCAAAUGUUCAAAAUGAUUUCCUGACAAUGUGCAAGGUUCAAAUAAAAUUUGUCAAUAACAUUUCGAAUCAUUUGUUGUAUAAUUUGAGCAGCUUCAUUUGUUAUCCGUUGGUCCUCUGUAUUUUUUAAAAAAACUGAGGUUUAGUAACAAAUACUCUAUUUUUCAAAUGGCCCCAAAAAAAGGAUCUAGCUGGCCGUUCUAUGCUACCUCCCCUGCCUAUCCAUCUAUUUGGAAAAGUAAAAUUUUAAUAGUCACGCACCUCUCGACUAUAGUGUGGAGGAGCUCUAUAAAUAUAGUUGAAACCAUACUUGUGUGCGGUUUUGAAGCAUUUCUAAAUACUUUACGGAAGUCAGGUACGAACCAAUUAUGUGGAUUAAAAAAAUAUCUUUUUGGAAUUUUGAUUUCCAAUUGUUGAUAUUUCGAAAACAUUUCAAGAUUGAUAUGGUGUUAUAUAUAAAAUAUGUUUUUGUUCUAUUUAAAAUAAUAAAGUUGACAGCUGCCCAGUCUUCUUGAUGCACCCUGUGUAUUUUUCAGAAAUCUGAAAACAUGCAAAAAAAAUAAAAGAGAAUUGACGUGUCCGAGCGUUUUUUUUCCCAGACUUUUUGGACACAUUGUAUAAGAAAACCAAUCAAUUCCCUAUCUAAUAACCUCAUUAGCUUUGUUAUUCUUAUUUAACUUCAAAUCAAUUUUAGGUUGUAUUGGAAUAGAUAAUUGCCUACAUUCAAGCAUAGUAAUAGAUAAAUAAAAAUAUAUAAAUCUUUUCUUAUAAAAUUUAAAUGAAAGUUACUGUUUGAUAUAUUGCUACACAAAUCCCCCAUUUUUACAGUCAUUUAGUUGUUUCGAAAGACCUAGACAACAACUAAAUUAUAAAUGGGAACUAUCAGUCAAAUACAAGCCUGAAUCUGAUGUUCACUUAAAACCCAUUUCAAUCAAAUUUACCUUCAACUUUUCGCUAGUCCAUAUAAAGCUUUUCUUAAUUUAAACACAUUUUUAAAGUCGUUAUUAUCUACUCCCUUUAGCAUUUACAUGUAGACAGUGUUUCAGUUCAAAAAGCGCACUUAACGUCCAAAUGUGACACAAAUAAAUUCUUCUGAAUAUUGAGAAAUUCAGAGGUAUCAUCAAAACAGCUAAUAUUUUAAAACAAAAUCAUCAUGUGCAUCACAGAACUUAGAUAAUGAUGGAAGUGGUCAACCUUCGGUUUUUUUUGCUAAGUAUAUUUCUGUUGGAUUACCAAUGACACUGCCAUGUUGCUCAUUGAUACUUUCCCAUGUUUACCAACGGUGUUCCUAGAGGAAACUAUUUAGGUUAAAAAGUAAUUUCUCAGGUGAAACUAGUUGGACAAACACCUAAAUUCCAUUUUGUGAUGGAGUGAUUUUUCUACCCCCUCACGUUUCUCUUCUUUUAGAUAGAAACUUAGCAUAAUUUUAUAUAAUAGCGAUUCGACAGGAUUAGUUUUUAAGGUAACCGUUAUUUCCUGUUAAGCAAUGGUUACCCUAAAAGCUAAUUAUGAUGAUAGGCAUACACCUUAAGCUGCUGAUUGGUGUUUUUUUUUUUAAAUAAUAAUUUGUAUCGGAAGAAUGCAAUAUUAUCCAGUUCUCUCUUAUGGUGAUAAAGAUGUUUAUGCCAAUACAUUUUGGUGUUUUUUAGUGGCAUACUGAAAAUAAAUACUGAUGUCUUUUCAGCUGAGGGUUGGUUCGCGCUAAAUAAUCUUCCCGGUGUAAGCGAGUGUAUGUUUUUUUAUUCAUUUAUUUCGGUCUGUGCUUGUUUUGAAAUUCAGUAUUAUUAUGUGGUUAAGAGAGUGCGUUUUUAUUUAUGCGGUAUGAGGCGUCUUGUGUUGAUGAUUACGGUCUCAUUUUAAAUGUAAUACCAACCUUUAGCGUUAAAAGAUUGUUUUUAGCACGGAAGAAAAAAUAGACUGUUUUUCUUAACAGUAUCAAAUUUACUCGUAUAAAUUAUUUAUAAGUUAUUAUUUAAACAUUCUAGUAAAAUAAAUGGUUUAAAUACGAA